AUUUAAGAACCACACAUCCAGGAAGUCUCGCCAAAAACACCAUUCAAAAUGCCACCCCGGGAACUCCUAUCACCAGGCCCUCACACUUUCCACUCCGCCACCAAAAACCUCACCUUCGAAUACAUCGUCCACACCACGUGUAACCUUCACCCUAACGCUCCCCAAGAACUCCUAAUAAUCCAACCCCCAGCCUGGGGCCUCGGCUCAGGAUAUCUCCAUACCGGCCUUUCCUCUCUCCUGGACAGUUCUCCAUCCUCACCCUCACCAGGGGUCUCAUAUACGCUCUUAUUCUUCCACCCGCGCGGAACAGACAACAGCUCGCGACCAGCGAGCCCAACACAAAUGUCUAGUUUCGAGCUGGCGACGGAUCUAGAUGAUUUGAGGCGUCACUUGGGGCUGGUGAAGAUUCCCACGCUCCUGGGCCAUUCGAAUGGCGGGGCGAUUGCGUUGGCGUAUGCGGAGUUGUAUCCCGAGAGGGUGGAUAGGUUGGUAUUAGUGGAUUCACAGGUUCUUGGGGUUAAGAGCGUGCAGAGAGAAGAGAAGAGUCGGGGGAAGAGGGAUAGGGUGCAUGGGAAUGGGGAUGGGAAUGAAGAGGCAGAGACAGACACAGACGAAGACAUCUUCGAAAAGCUACGCGCUGAUCCGCGCUACGCCCGGGUCUUGGGCAGCGCUGGCGGUCUGAACAAGUCGUCUGACGAGGCGUUUACCAGUUCUGUGAAUGCCACGUGGGCGUUGUAUUUCUCGAACCCUACACGGUAUGUCCCCGAGCUGCGCUCUGCCAUCGGGGAUCGCGUGAUGCUGUUGUGGUGCUAUCUGGGAGUGUACGGAAGUGACCGGGAGUAUGAAGAGUCCGGAGAGAUGGUUGCGAGGCUGGGCGAUGUGAAGGCAAAGACACUGAUCAUUGUUGGCCGCGAGGAUUGGAUAUGUAGGGUGUCUAGCGCGAAGCGGUUGAGAGAGAGGAUUCCCGGGGCGAGGCUGGUUAUUUGUGAAGAAUGUGGGCAUUUCCCGUGGAUUGAGGCGAAGGAGAGGACAAUAAAGGAAUUGGUAGAGUUCAUAAGGGGUAGUUGA